ACAGUAUUUGCCUUGUAAUCAGUUAUCAUGAUACAGCAAUCAAUGUGAACAAGCGAAUCAUUGCUCUUUUAUACCAGCACUAUAUCAAAUUAAACGAGUAAUAUUAUGGAAAUCGGUAGUACUUGAAACUAACGACAGCGUAGAAGUCUAGCACGAAGCCCAAUAUUGUAAACACGGCCAUGUGCGACAAGGGACACUUUUUUCCUUCUCAAAACUUUCAGCAACAGGGGAGAUGUUUUAAAGUUGGUCAGAUUUUUGUUGACUAUUCAGCAAACACAACGGCAUCGUCUUCGAUUAUAAGAGGAACAUUUCAUUCGACACUAGUCUUUCGCAACAUAUUCGAAAAUUUCUGGAACUUUCCGACUCAAGCACCCCUGAUCAUCAUCCACUCCUCUUUUUGCAGCCAAUUGAGAAAAUAGAGAGAUAAACACGUUCAUAAAUUUACCAUUUUGGUCCGAAAUAUCUGACUAGAAUCCUUCAUCAACCACGUGAUCACGAAGUCCAUUUUAACUUAAAAUUUGCCAUUUCUUUCAAAUUAUUUUACCUUCGAUUUCAAAGGCCAGCCAAUUACAGAAAUAUUUCGAUAGGAAAUUCACGAAAUAGCAAACUUGGCAUAUAACUCUAAUCGUCGGAAACAUUAACUGAAAAUAAAAUGGCAAAUAUGAUUGUGAAGUCAAUAAAUAUUGGGAUCGUCUUCGUCGGAAUCUUCGCUGCAUGUUCAUCAGCGGCUGGAGGAAAAACGCAGACUAAACUAAAUGGUGUUUACGAAGGAAAAUUCGACAGACCGGUUCCUACAAUGGCAGUAACAACAACACCUGUCACAACCACGCCACCGGUGGGGACAGCAGCCGUCGGACAAAUAUUUUCAUUUGAUAAAGACGCAUCUCCUGCCACUAUAUUCGGUCACGUGCUUAUUCCUUGCGUCCUAUUCGCCGUGCUUGCUGUGACGUUGUACGGAGGUCUCCGCGGCACGCAAUAUCUCUUCAGUGGAAUGAAACAAAAAAUCCAAGCACGGCGCCACCAACCGUCCUACAAAGACAUGAGAGGGACCACCGAUGAUGACCACGCCGUUGUCAUGGAAACAGAAGGAAUGGUUGUGUGAUGUCCUGGAUUGAUGAUAAGAUGACGACAACGAUCAUGAUGAUGACAAUGACGAUGGAGAAGAUAACAAUGCUAAGAAGAAGUGAAGUAUUAAUUACUGACGACUUUGGCUGACGGGCCAAUUGUAAUUCAAAAGGUCAUUUUCUAGACAGAGUUGGCAUGGAAAAGGAGACAUUCCUAAUCUUUCUCGAUAAGCUUAUGUUUCUCUUAAUCUAACAAUUUGGCAUUGUUGGUAACUAUGAAUUAAUGAUUAACAGAAACAUCUGAAAGUUCUUGAUCUCCCUAGGACCUUGUUUUCCUAUCUCUCUUUCUUCUUCUCCGUCUUCUCUUUUAGCGAUAUUUUUUUACUUCUCACUCUUCUUUUCUCCUACUCCUAAGUCCUUCUCCUCCUUGCUUUUCUUCUUUUUUUCUUCUUCAUCAUCAUCUUCUUCUACUACUUCUCCUUAUUCUUAAUCUUUUUUCUCCUCCUCCCCCUCCUUCUUCUUCUUCUGCGUUUCCUACUUCUUUGUCCUCUCCCUCUCCCUCAAUCUCUCUCUGCUUCCCAUACAAACAUGAUCAGUAAGCUUCCCUGGCCAGGUCACGUGACCUCAAUCUGUCACCCUCACGUUGAUAAGAUUUUUGGCUUCCGAACUUGGCGCGAAGUCACCCCCUCAAUCAUGGAACGGUGUGAUUUUAAAGAAAUGUUUCAAAGUAGAGACAGAUAGAAAGAUCGAACAUUUUGAAUACAAUUUAUAGGUGUUGGUUUUCCUUUGAUAGCUCCAUUCGCUUUACUUAUAAUGUUUUUCUUUUAAUUAUUUCCCUUAACUCCCCUCUGUGGCAUUUUGAAUAAUUAGACGUAGAUACUAUAGACAGCAAUGAAUUGGACUUUACGUAAUUAUUACAAUUAUCUGUUAUUUGUCUAAUAUUGUUAUAGUUCAUGAGAAAUAUGCACUUCUCCAAAGAUUAGUUUUGAUAUGUGCAAAGCAUUUUGAUGACAGUAGCACUUAUGCGCGUCCUGUCAAAGUUUCUAAGUCAAUUCUUUGAGCGGUCAAUAUUUUUUUUUCAUUUUGUAGUAAUUCUUUGCUACUUUGACAAAGUAUUAGUUCUGCUUUACACAUGUUUAUGAUUACCAUAAAUCUCUACAUUUCAAUGAUAGUCAUACAGAUUUGACCCACGCUAAAAUGAUUUCCAAUAUUUCAAGUGUAUCACCAAAAACGGUGGAAAUUUAAAUUAUUGGCUAGGAUAUUCUAAUAUAAGAAGAAUUGAGCCAUUAACAGAUAUCCCGACGUUUGUACCUUUGUUAAACCAAGGUCCGGUUUCAUAAAUGUUUUUAAGAAAUGCAUUGUUUGAUUGAGUGAUUUCAGUAGCUUUAAACUGUUAUUGCAAAUUUGUUAUUAUAACACAUUUUAUGAAACGUUCCCGAGAACUAUCAAUAAAUGUAUUAUUGACUUACCAAGAUUAAAUAGAGAAAGUGUAAAUAUUAUGUAUAAUGCAAUAUUAAAAGUGCCAAAGUUACAUCUUAUACAUGUUAUACAGAUACAUCAACCAACAUGGAGUUUAAUAGGAUCUGUGUAUUGUAAAUAUUUCGAUGUAUAAAAAGUGCAAUAAAAGGAAAUACUAUUCAGAUUUUUUCAACUUUAAAACUUAUCACUGUUUGUGCUUCAUGGUUUUUCUAUUAUGAUUAAUGUAUUCGUUGUUAAGCAUAUACGUUUUGGUCUCACACGGAAACUUAAGACCCUUGACCCAAAAAAUAAACAGAGGUUAAAGUAUUGAUGUAGUUGCGUAAUAUAAUUUGUAUAGGGCAAUUUCUAAUUUGUCUAAUUACCAACUCAUCUACUAUCAGUUUACCAUCAGUUCGUCCACUAUCCACAUGGUCUAAAAUGCCAAGUCGUCCACACUCAAUUUCCUGUAAUAAACAGUUGGUCCAAUAGCCAUUUAGUCUGUAUACCAUUUGGUCUGAUUGGACUAAGUGCAAAAUUAAUGAAAAUGACCAACUGGUUAUGAAACGAAAUGGUACUAAAACGAAGUGAUGAUUGGAUCAAAUGGUUAUUGGACCAAAUGGUUGUUAGACGAAAUGUUGAUGGAUGGAAUGGCAUUAGACUAAAUGGAAGUAGACUACGUGGUGAGUGGACGAGUUGGCAAUUUUUUACCUAAGUAUGUGGGGUGUGCUUGGUUGUGUACGUUUAUUCCAAUGGACUGACAUUUCAUUCCGCUGACGACUAUAAUCAUCGUAAUUUUUCAGUUUGAACAAACAUCAAAAUAAUGAAAUUUUCAACAUUAUACCAUGGCAACUGAAUGUUUAUGAUAUGGUAGCGAGUAACAUUAUCAAUAUACCGUCGAAAAAACGUUUUUAUUGGGGGCAUUGUCCACAUUAGCUCGGAGUACAGAAAGAAAGUGGUGACACGAUGCACCACUGUGUAACACCUCUUUCCGAUAUUGAUAAUCCCGUUGGUUCAGAUACAUGAUUUAUAAAACUGCUUUGUAGAUCCAAACAAAUUGAAAAGUUACAUUCUCAAAUGUGCAGCAAAGUGCAAUUUUAUUGGUCUUUCCUUUCAAAUUUAGUCCUUGCAUUGUUUCGAUUUUUUGUUUUGUUUUUUUGCUUUUGUAAUUGUUAGCCAUUUACAUUAAUUACAAAUAAUGUGAGCUUGCGAUCAAAUUCAAAGAAUAGUAAUGAAAAUAUUUAUCAUCGGCGAUAUAUCUGUAGAAUUGAAUCGUCUACUCGAUUUCACUGAGUGAUUUCAAGUUGAAUGUUGACGUUUUGGAGUUGCUGUUGAGCCAAUAAAAUAUCAGGACAGCAUAAAAUUCUGAAAUAAAGAUGGUCCUAUAUGACG